AUGAACAAGGCCCUAGGUGUAAGUGAGUUGUCACAUUCAGAGCAUUUGUAUUUAGAGGCCCUAGCAGAAGUGUACCAGAAUGCAACCAGCUGGGAUACCCAUAGACAAGUGCUUUCGAUUAUGGCAGGGGUUGGAACUUUCAACGACACUUCCCGUUAUAUCCCUACCGAUACUCCAUGGCUAAUCUUCAUCGAUCACAGUUUGGCCGAGGCGCUCAAGUUCCACAACAGCCUACCACACGAAUACGAGUAGACUUGAGGCAGCUUGACCACUUUCUUGGUUUCAUCACGAGCCCGCAUCUCGUUCAGGACCUUCCAUUUAGGCAAAAACAUCUCAAGCUUUCGUCUGGUGAGGUUAUUCAAGUACCUAACGUAAUCCGUAUGAUGAUACCCGAGCGAGUGAUACAACAGUACACUCAAUACUGUUUGGAGAUCAACUUCAAACCAUUCAGCGAAACUACUUUACUCUUUGAGUGCAGUGCCUCUGUAAGAAAAUCACUGCAGGGCUUAGAUUAUUUUGCAGCUGAAGGUGCUCGCGCAUUUGAUGAUCUCCCCUCGUACGCCAAAUAGGGGAUUAGGUUCCGGCAAGGACUACAGUUGUGCAAGCUCUUAUGACAAGCAAGCAGUAUUUGAAGGGGGACUAUAAGGUGAUGUUUCUGACUCCAGAAAGACAGCUUGAAUAAAACUAAAAGUAAGUACUUAUUUUACCUCGUCAACAAAAUCAUUCCGUAAAACAAAUAUAUAUUUUGUACUCUUUUUCUUCACUAAAUGGUGCACGUUAACUAGCUUACAUAAAAUCUCGAGAUUAACAAUGCACGCACGAGGAUAGUUUUUUUCUAUGGUUAAGGUUAAAAGUUAUUCGCCCCUUACGUUAAUAAUAUAUGUUAGAUUAAAAAAAAUCAUUUGAUUAACUAUUAUAUUGAAGUAUAAGCACAGACAAACAGUAAUCUCAGUUUUGUUUUAUCAACAGGUUCAUGUCACAAGCCCCUCUAACGUAGCAGACCAUUGUGUGUUGUUUGCUCUUAGCGACAGUAGUGAUGCAGAUUACCAGCAACAAUGCAGUCACCAACACAUUGAUCUUUGUGACCGUUGUCAAAGUCUUCAGGAAACUCUGGCAAAGAUUGAACGGGUCCUUGGCGAGACGACCUUUCCGACUCAGGACGCGAAAGACGAAGCGCUAUUUAUAUUCCAGACAGCCCAGCUGGCCAUAAUGUCCUGGAAAUGCCACAUCCUUAGA